GGGGAUGGUGGGGAGAGUGACCAUGGCCGCGGCGGCUACUUCUGCCCCGGGGAAGGACAGUGACGCCCCGCCAUGCAAGAAACGAAGAGAGGAAGAUCCCCCUAUAAAAACAAUUACAAAAUAUUUUUCACCAUUAGCAAGAACAGUGGAUAAAGUGUCACCACCAAAAUCUAACAACAUAUUGGAUUAUUUUAAAAAGACUUCUACAAAUGAGAAGACCACCUUACUCAUUGGAGUUGGAGAAAAUAAAAUAAACCAGUCUUACCAGCUGUGUGUUGAUGAUGGUAAAGAUUGUAAAUCACCUUUGAGACCUUCUUCAAAAUCUUUUUCAAAGCUGAAAAGGAGAGGGAAGAGAGUUAAUUUAAAUAGUAAAUUAAGAGAUAUUAAAACACCUGAGAAUCAAUGUGUGAUAGAAAUUAAUAGCAAUGACAGUACAGAUGUGAUGAAACCAAAGGAAGAGUGUUUAAAUACAAGUUUUAUUGCUAACAGUGCUUCUGCUCUACUUGCCCAAAAAUAUGUAGAAGAAUUAGCAAUAAAUAAUCAGCAAAGCAAAAACUCUUCAAACACUGUCACCUGCAGAAAAGAUGCUAAGAAAACUGGAUCGGAACUAAAUGUAUCAAAAAAUUACAUUAAAAAAUCAACGAAGAGAAAGCACAAAGAUGAUACUGAUUUGUCUGAAAAUUCCUCCUCUGAAAACCAGCUGAAUGAACAGGAACUAAAAGAUAAAAAACAAAUCACAUCUUCUAAAAUAAUUGAAAGUAAGAGUACUGUAAGUAAUUCAAGCCUUGAAGUUAAUGUGGAUAAGACAUCACAGUUAAAUGAUAGUACAGUCACGGUGUCAUUUGAGGACUUUUUGAAAAGUCAAGGAGAAAAUAAAGUGGAUCAAAUUCUAGAAACCAGAAUGCCAACACUAAACAAUUUUAUUAUAGCAAGUGAAACAGACAAAAGUGGUAGUACCAGUGACCCUGAAAAUGGCGAGGAGUCUCAGCAACUACCUCUUCGGACAGUAACUGUCCUUGCACAGAUUCAUCCCAUUCCCCCCAAAUCUCCCUCUCUGCUAAAGGAGCAAAAGGUUUCUAGGAAAAUAGCUUCUAUCUUUUUGAAGCAAAAAGGGUAUGAAAUAGAAAGAGAAAGCAGUCCAUCUGUUUUUGAGAUUGAACAGACUGAACAAAUGACUCAGAAAAGAAAAUCUAAUGUAGUUAUAGAGGAGGAAGAAUUGGAGUUAGCUGUACUAGAAGCUGUAGGUCCUGAAGCUGUGAAGCCAAAAUGUACUGUAGAAGAAAGACAUCAAUUUAUGAAAGCUUUUAGACAACCAACAUCUGAUACGGUAAAAAGUGGAAUUAAAAAAAUACCUGGAAAACUGAAGGAAGUCAGUGAAAAGCCUUCAAAACAAAAUGAGGGAAUGGAAGAAAGUGAAGCAGCCUCAAAUACAAGACAUGAAAGUGAAAUACUAAAGGAUUAUAUUGACAAACAUUCACACUGUGGUACCAAAAAAAGUAGUACUACUAAGGAGAGAACUAAUAUGCUUAAAAAGAAAAGAAAGAAGGUUUUGGAGACUAAAGAAACAAAUGUUCCAAAUAGUAGUGGAAAUAACGAAAAUACUGGGGCUAAUGCUCAUAUUAAAGAAAAAACCUUAGAUGAUAUAAGAAUCUUAUCACAUCCGAAACAGAACGAAUUAAGAAGGAGCCUAAGGCAAAAGAAAAUUGAAACCUUCAAAAACAUUACACCUGAAAAAGCUAGGAUUAGUAAUACUGUUUCUGAAAAUGCACUAGGUGAUAGUCCCCUACAUGCUUCCACACCAAAAUCAAGCAAUAGAUCCUUGAGGAAAAGUAACAUGUAUAAGGCUGAGGUGAUUACAGUACCCUUUGAUGCAAAGAGCCCAAUAAGAAUGAGGUUUACUCGAAUUAAUGCAUCUAAAAAAUCUGACAAAGCUGAAGCAAUGGAAAAUGAAGAAUUUACUCCAAGAAAUAUAAAGAUGAGCUAUACUUCUAAAAAUAUAUCCAAAGCUAAACAAUUGAUUGAAAAAGCAAAGGCCAUACAACAUAAUAGAUCAAAGGCUAAUGAAGACACCCCAACACCUGUAAGACGCUCGUCUCGACAGCAAGCUCUUGCUGAAAAGAAAAAAUUCCAAGAAAAUGAAGAUUCAGUAAUAAUUUUAGACUCAAGCCCAAGUAGUACCACUGCUUCUACACCGAGUGUGGAGAAAAAGCAAAAGAAACUUCGAAGUUUAAAUGAUGUAUUAGGGAAAAAAUCUAGAAAUAUGAAGGUUACUAAGAGCUCACACGGAAAAGUAAGAGCCCCGCCUUCAUUCCUGGGCAAAAAAGCUCAAAACAUUGCAGAUGAACCAAUCCUAAUUUUUGAUGAAAGCAGCCAAGAUACAUCUGAAAAUUCUCAAGACGAUGAGCAGUUCAAAGCAAAACGUGAAUUUUUGAUGAGUGGUUUGCCAGAGUCUCUAAAAAGACACAUUGCAAAGAAAGCAGCGGUAUUAGAAGCAUACUCUGUGGCAAGUUGCUGUUUUCAGAGAGUUGUCCAUGUACAGCAGAAGGAUGAUUGUUGUGUGGUGUGGAGGUUGACAUCACCGUCCUGUCCUCUUCUAACCAAGCUAAGAGAACUAAACACUGAAGUAACUGAUGUCACAAAACUCACUAUUUCACUUGGUGAAUUCUCAGAUAUAAAUUCAAAACCUAGUGGCAGCAAUUCUUCAAUUGUGUUGUCUGGACAGAGACCAGUUUUUCCCAAAAUACUAAGGAAGUAUCUGUUGGAAGAGAUCAGAUCUUCUAACUCACAGUUUCCUGUGAGAAAAGUUUUUUACCAGUUUCUGAAAAAGCAAACUGAACAUGUACUUUUCAAAAAUAAAAAACAAGUAUGCAUGAAAGAACAUGAAACUACAAAUUCUGAACUAGAGCAAAUGCAUUCUGAAAAUCAGGAAGAAACCAAGAGGAAAAGAAAAAGACCCGAAGACCACAAAUCAAAACGAAGAAAACAAACUGAUAAUGCAGAGACUGAAUUAAAAUCCAAAACUCCCAAGAGCAUAGUUACCCAAGUAUCCUGUAUAAAGCAAGCAGACACAGAAAAAGUAACACACAUGGAAACAAAUAAACCCCAGAAAUCUGAUGUUAAAACAAUAGAAGACAGUGAACUUGGAUCAAAAUUAAACCCUGUCUCUGGUGGUGAAAAGGAAGAUGUGCUCUGGACAGAAAAAUAUCAACCUCAGGACUCCGGUGAACUUAUAGGGAACUCAACAGAAAUAAAAAAGUUACACAGUUGGCUGAAAGAAUGGAAAAAAAGAGCUGAUUGGGAGGAAAAAAGAAAUCAGAAGAAUGAAAAAGAUGACACAGAGAGUCAGCAAGAUUCUAUGGACAGCAUGGAUUUUAAAGAUGACAAAUCUGAGAGUGAGGAAGAGAAUACUCUCUGCAAUACUGUGCUGAUUACUGGCCCGUCAGGUGUGGGAAAGACUGCUGCAGUGUAUGCUUGUGCUCAGGAGCUUGGUUUUAAGAUAUUUGAAGUUAAUGCCUCUUGCCAGCGAAGUGGUAGACAGAUCCUAUCUCAGCUAAAGGAGGCUACUCAGUCUCAUCAAGUGGACAAACAAGGUGUAAAUGCACAUAAACCUUGCUUCUUUAACAGUUGUAGCAGCACUAAGUCCCCGAAAAAAAUAAAUUCUCCCAGGAAAGCUAUUUCACCAAGAAAACCUCCACUUUCACCCAAAGGAACAGGAUUAAAACGAAGUUUACCCCCUAAAACAUUAGCAAAUUAUUUCAAAAUAUCUUCUAAGCCUGAGAGUAAUGAAGAAAUAGUAAAAUCUCAAGCAAAAAACAAAGCAAAUACUCAGAAUUCCACUAAAGAAAAAGUGGAUAUUCAAACUAAGUCAACAAACAAGGAAGUGGGAGGAGAGGAACCCAACAAAAAAAAUGCAACAUCUCUGAUACUCUUUGAAGAGGUUGAUAUAAUAUUUGAUGAAGAUGCUGGAUUUCUAAGUGCAAUAAAGACAUUCAUGGCCACUGCAAAGAGGCCUGUAAUUCUUACUACAAAUGAUCCAACUUUUAGUUUAAUGUUUGAUGGUUACUUUGAAGAAAUCAACUUUAAAACACCCUCUUUGGUAAACGUAGCUAGCUAUCUACAAGUGCUCUGUUUGGCUGAGAAUCUACGAACGGAUUUAAAAGACUUUGCUACUUUGUUAACCACAAAUAACUGUGACAUCAGACAAAGUGUUCUUUAUCUACAAUUUUGGGUUAGGAGCGGAGGUGGAUGCUUGAAAGAAAAAGGUUUAGCACUGCAUGUAGGAAGAGAGGAGCCAGAAGGAACAGAUCAGAUAACUUGUACUGAAAACACUGGUUCCGAGAAUGAUCUUCCUCAAACUGAGAUGGAGCUUCCAAAAUGCGAUACUGGCUUCAUAGAGACUUUGCUCGGCCUUAAGAACAUCUUUUUGCCUUCAGAAGAUUUGUUUUCAUUUCUUAAGCAUAAAAUCACAACAACAGAAGAAUGGAGUAAACUGAUACAGCUGCUCACAGAAUUCCAGAUGAAGAAAGUCGAUUUUAUAUAUAGUAACCUUGAAUUUAUUCUGCCUUUACCAGUUCAUGUUCUUCCAGGGCCAACACAAAAUUCUAAUCCUUCAUUUAAAAGGACUACAGCACAUUCUUCAUAUGACAUACCUCUUGAUAGUGAUUACUCUGAAAAAGCUACCCCUGUCAAAAAGCCUAAAAGGAUGAAGCACCAGAGAAAGAUUGCUUUAUUGGAUGAUAGUGAUUUAUUUGAUACUGAAUUGAACUACUCUGCUGAAUUUAUAACUUUGCCAUCAGACAUUCCUGAAUCAUGCUUGGAAGAAAACAAAGUUGGAUUAAAAUUUAUGAUGAACGAAAAAGAAAAACAAUUCAACACUGAAAUCCCAGAAAGGAAAAAAAGCUCUGCUCUUGCGUCUCAUUGUCUAAAUUCACUAACUGAAUUUGUGGAGAACAUGUCUUUCUUAGAUUGCUGCCUAAACACUAAUGUAAUGAAACCAAAAGAGUUUUGUAAAAAUGAAGGGUUUAAUUGGACAAAUGGCAAGAUUAAAAAUGGUCUUUCUGAUGAGUUUAGUACAGAAAACAUUGAUUGGUGGAGUUCUCAAAGUUGUAGUGAACUAAAGGCAGUUGUAGAAGCACUCAGUUUUAAUAAGUGCUCUACUAGUAUUUCACAAAGCAUGGAAGCCUCCUUGAACCCCUGUAAAACACUAGGAAGAGAUCAAAUUGAGGAAAUUACUCUGCAUAUUUCAAAAGACAGAAAUGAUGUAUACUUUGGUCAAUCGGCUGAUCUAAGCAUUCACAGAAAAGCACAGAAGAGGCUGGAAAUCCUCAAAACUGUAUUUUCCACUAGAACUCCUUUAAGCCUGGUUAACAGGCAGGCUAGUAUAACUGAAUACCUGCCCACCCUCCGCAAUAUUUGUAGGUCAGAGAAACUUAAAGAACAAGGGAAGACUAAAAGAAGGUUCCUGCAUUAUCUUGAAGGAAUUCAUCUUGAAAUACCCAAAGAAACAGUUUACAGUCUGGCAGCUGACUUCCCUUAA